GGUUCCACUGAAUGGUGAUACACAGAGACACUGUGCUGUUCCUGGACCGCAUACAGUGAGAACGCCCCUGUGGGAGGGCCCAGCGGGUUCGUUCAGCUGCCCCUGGGGCUGCGCUCAACUGUCGAGGUCUCCACAGUGUGCAUAUGAUCUCAUCAUCACAAGGAUGCCUUCGUUUCUCUCUCCAGGAACCAUCACCUUGACAGCUGGCUUCCACCAGGAAGAAUCACUGACGCAUCAACCACUAUCUUCCGCAUCAAGCCUAGCAGGUGGAAAACAUCAAGGUAAGUUCCAGACUUCUGUUUAAAGUGAUCGGACCCUGGCUGGGUAAAGGUAGACCAGGGCGGGGUUGUUGUGCGCCGACCGCGGAGUCAAGCUUCAUCAAGCUACCCUAGGCAUUCUCGAGCUGAUGGUCUCUUUUGAAUACAUCUCCAGGAUCAACACCAAGCAAACGAACACAUAAACCUACCGAAACACCAUCAUCAUGGCCUCCAACGAAGCCGAUCCCCACGGCGGCGUCCCCGCCGCUUCCGACCGUCCGGCAUUCAUCCCCCUCGAAGCCAACCCCGAACUCAUGACCACGCUCCUCCACAAGCUCGGCCUCUCGACCUCCCUCCAGAUCCACGACGUCUACUCCCUCACCGACCCAGACAUGCUCGCCUUCAUCCCGCGCCCCGCCCUGGCCCUGCUGAUGGUCUUCCCCGUCUCCGCCGCCUACGAAUCGGCUCGCCUAGCCGAGGACUCUCUUCUCGAAGACUACUCGGGCAAGGGCCCCCAAGAGCCGGUCCUCUGGUUCCGCCAGACGAUCCGCAACGCCUGCGGCCUGAUGGGCCUGCUCCACGCGGCCGGCAACGGGCCGGCCCGCCAGCUCGUGGAGGAGGGCUCCACCCUGGACAAGAUCAUCAAGGACGCGACGCCGCUGGAUCCUGUUGCGAGGGCACGAGUGCUUGAGACGAACGCUGAACUGGCUAAUGCCCACAAGAGCGCGGCGACCCAGGGCGAUACCGAGGCACCGGCCGCUACGGACGAUGUCGAUUUGCACUAUGUCUGCUUCGUUAAGGCUGAGGAUGGAGGCUUGUGGGAGCUGGACGGACGCAGAAAGGGACCGCUGAAGAGGGGUGAGCUUGGGAAGGACGAGGAUGUCCUGAGCCAAACGGCCUUGACGCUGGGUCCGCUCAAGUUUUUGGAGAGAGGGGGCGGCGACUUGAGGUUCAGCUGUGUGGCGCUUGCCGGCAGCUUCGAUUAAAGAAUGCGUGGAAGAGAUGCGUGCCUCCCUGGCUCGAGUUUUUGGAAGACUCGGAUUAAGGUCUUACACCGGGGUUCCGCCUUGCGUUGUGUUCUAGAACCAGCUCAAGGGACAAAAAAGGUUGAAUAUCAGCAAGCGUAUGUAUGAAACCCACGAUUACUCCAUGCGAGAAUUUCUGAUGGCGGCACAAGACC